AUGAGCUCGUCGGCCUCCCGUAGGGUGACCAACCCGCCUAGCACGGGUUCCCCCGAUGCCUCAUCGCUGGGUCGGGAGCUCUCCCGGCGGUGGUGGGGUCGCGGCGAGUCUGGUGGGCCUCAUCCGCAAUAUGGGGGGAGAGGAAUUGCAUACCUUCUGGCCCAGUUGCGCUGCCAAGUUAUCAAUCUGCUCCUGAAGGGCAUCAAUGCGGGUCUUCCUGUGAUGGCGGAGGGGGGAGAUCAAUCAGCCAAUGGUCGGCUAAUUGGGAGGAUUGUAGAAGCAGAAAAAGCAACAAUGUCGGAUGACAGGCAGCGAGCAUGGCUGGCCCAACCGGGUGCAGCGCACGCACGUGCCCGUGGGGGGAACGGGCACGCAGCGGACUUUCAAUCGAACGCAUCGGACGCAAGCAUGGCGUCGCGGUGGCUGCUUGCGAUUCAUUUGCUCCGCAGCAAUGGUCCCCGCCAAUGGCAACCAAUCCCAAGGCUGCUCGAAGCGGGAGGCUGCACUAGAGAUGCGGCAUCGGUGCGACCGAGUCGGAGUCGGAGCAGGAAUCAGCCGGACAGACUAUUGAGCACUAGCAACAACUGUCCAUCUCGUCUAGAUAACGAUAAUUGCUGUUAUCCCCUCUCGCUCUACCUCAUCAAUUUUAGUCAUCCUCUAACGAACUGGUGGAUCGCCGAUCGCUGUCACGCUCCACUCUUCGACACCAUGGCUCCAGCUAUCGAUAUAACAGACGAUUGUUCGGGUGAUAUGCUGGCACUAGGCACUGAUCCAUGGGUCCGUGAGGACGAUCCCAGAUUGUCCCUUUGUGAUAAGGUUUGUACCCCGCAGCAGAGUGCACUGUCCAGGGCCAUAUGUGGGGAGAACAGCUUAUCCAGCCUUGAUUCCAAGAGACAUGAUGCACUGCCUAUAGAACACCAGGCAGUACUGAGGGCGCUUGCUGAUCGUAUGACGUAUCGACAUCCUGAGACACAGAGGGUUCUGUUAACGGAAACAUUUCCCGCGGAAACGGGGUCCAUGCGUGCCCGUGAUAAGGCUUUCAAGUCGGAGGCUAGAUACCGCAACGCGGCUGGUCUCCUGGCGGAGUGGAAACUCAUGCAGGGGCUAGACCCAGUGGACUUAGAUCCCAGAUCAGGAGGCCAGGAUGCCGUCACCGCCGUUAAUGCGGGGGAGAUCAAGUGCGCGAUGGGAGCAUACACGCAGUAA